GAAACCAGACUGACUGACGCAUCUCUCCCUCCCUCCGCUGGUCGCGGCCAUGGGAGAAGCUCUGGCCAUGAGGCCCUCUUCCUCACCCUACCCUCUCCUGCCUCCCCCUACCUACUCAUCCCGCCUCCCCCCUCUCCGCAGCUUCGUCGGCCUCCGGUGGUCCGCCCACCGCGUUCAGGUCAGGGAGCAGCUGAAUUGGGCUGCAAGAAUCGGCAGUGGUACGCGAGGUUGGCAUGGGCGAUUCAGGGCACCUGCCUCAAGUGCAUCCCAGCCUUGUCAUAGAGCCAUCGUCAUUAGAAACGACAAUUCUCAGAAUGCUGAUUUUCCGCGUAACUACUCAAAAAGGGAGAAGAAACCAUUUCCUAUACCAGUAGUGGAGUUAAGGCGCCGAGCAAGACAGAGGAUGAAGCAAGCUGAAGGAAAGCCCAAGAGAUCAUUGCCACCUCCAAAAAAUGGAUUGCUAGUCCACAGAUUGAUACCAGAGGCAUACAGAGUGUAUAAUGCAAGGAUUUUGCUCAUCAACAACUUGAAGAGGCUGAUGAAAGUAGUACCAGUAAAAGGCUGCAAAUAUUGCAGCGAGAUACAUGUUGGAUAUGAUGGACACCCUUUCAGAACAUGCCGAGGAAUGUCUUCUGAUAAACGUAGGGGAGAACAUGACUGGGGAAGUACUUUGCUGGAAGCUGUUUUCUUGCCAGUCGAAGCAUACCACCUAGAGGACCGUCUAGGCCCGCGUAUCCCUCAUGACCAGAGGUUUGCAGUGCCCCGUAUUCCUGCUCUUGUGGAGCUGUGCAUCCAAGCUGGUGUUGACCUCCCUGAGUACCCGACAAAGCGUCGAAGAAAGCCGAUUAUUAAGAUCGGAAGGACAGAGUUUGUCGAUGCCAAUGAGGAUGACCUACCAGAUCCUGAUCCCGACGAAAGAUUUAGUCAACCCCUUCUUGAAGAGCUACCCGACGAUGAGAUCAUUGCUCCAUCGAGCCCAGAGGAGACGGCUGUUCUUGCUGAGGAAACACUUGAAGCAUGGGAGACUGUCCGGAAAGGUGCCUUGAGGCUUCUGAAGAGCUACGCUGUGAGGGUUUGUGGAUACUGUCCUGAGGUGCAUAUCGGAUCAAGUGGCCACAAAGCACGCAACUGUGGAGCCUUCAAGCACCAGCAGAGGAAUGGACAGCAUGGAUGGCAGGCAGCAGUGCUCGAUGACCUUAUACCUCCUCGGUAUGUUUGGCACAUGCCAGAAUCUGGGGAGUUGCAGAAGGAGCUGAAGAACUUCUAUGGGCAGGCACCAGCUAUUGUCGAGAUGUGCAUUCAGGGCGGCGCAGAAGUGCCUGAGAAGUAUAAAGCCACAAUGAGACUAGAUGUAGGGAUUCCCUCCAGUUUGAGAGAGGCUGAAAUGGUCGUCUGAAUGAAUAUUGUGGUGCUUAUGUUGUCUAUGAACUAAGAUUGAGGUUGAGACAACCUGGAGCUCCAUUCUGGCUGACCAUAGAUUGAUACUGUACUCCAUGUAUAUAGCAGGAACUAAGCUCAAUAAUAUAAUCUGGUAGGUUUUGUUUGUUUCAGA